AUGCACCUCUCUUGCCUUCUUGCGCUCCUGGGAGCCACAGGGUUCACCUUCGCCCUUCCUGUCUCCAGCAACCUUGACCAGCUUGAGUCGUCCUCUCAGGAUCUGGACAAGAGAUUCUACUAUACCCACUAUGUUGCCCCGGAGAGGCGUGAUGAGGAGGCACUCGACAAGCGCUUUUUUUACCUUUACGACACUGCCCCGGAGAAGCGUGACGAGGAGGCCCUCGAUAAGCGAUUUUAUUACACCCACUAUGUUGCCCCGGAGAAGCGUGACGAAGAGACCUUGGACAAGCGAUUCUACUACAAUAACUAUGUAAGCCCGGAGAAGCGUGACGAGGCCCUCGACAAGCGGUUUUAUUACACCCACUAUGUUGCCCCGGGGAAGCGUGAUGAGGAGGCACUCGACAAGCGCUUUUUUUACCUUUACGACACUGCCCCGGAGAAGCGUGACGAAGAGGCCUUGGACAAGCGGUUCUAUUACACCCACUACACGGCCCCAGAGAAGCGUGAUGCAGAGGAGGAGGCCCUCGACAAGCGCUUCUUCUACACUGCCUACACGGCCCCUGAGAAGCGCGAGGCAGAGGAGGAGGCCCUCGACAAGCGCUUCUUCUACACUGCCUACACGGCCCCUGAGAAGCGUGAUGCAGAGGAUGAGGCCCUCGACAAGCGCUUCUUCUACACUGCCUACACGGCCCCUGAGAAGCGUGAUGCAGAGGAUGAGGCCCUCGACAAGCGCUUCUUCUACACUGCCUACACGGCCCCCGAGAAGCGCGAUGGGGAAGCCGCUGACAAUGAGAACUAG